AUGAAGUCAUUUUCCGACGACAUUAUCAAACGCCAUACAAAAACUGUAGGAGAAAGAAAUGAAGUUGACGAAGCUUUGACAAUGCUGAUAUUUUGCCAAGACGUUCUUGGUCAUAAUCUACUUGGUCCAAAUUGGACUUUUGUAAUAGAUCUCUGGUUCAUCAUCUUGAUAUUAUUUUUCUGUGCAACUAGCGAUAGUUUAGUGACGAUGUUAAAGGUUGAACAAGACCAUGACAGAUCUGUACAAACGGAAAUGGAAUAUAUGUAUCGACUCAACGAAGUGCUGAAGACUUUUUAUAAUAAUCAUGUGCAAUUGAUGGAGUAUUUGGCAGCUUUAAAAAAUAUGUUCAAGUGGUCUAGUUUAAUUCCAUUGGUAGAGGUUAUGAUCAAAUGGUGCCUAAUAUUACUGUCGGUUACAGAGCAAAUACAAUGGAGUUUUCUGGCCAACGCGAUGCCUGCUAUGUUGCAAAUUCUUGCAUACAACUGGUACGGCGAACAAGUGAGAGUUAAAGGAUCGGAGCUGACCACGGCUCUACUAGAAUUCGAUUGGAGAAGCAUGCGUAUUAAAGAUAAAAAGAAGUACCUCUUUAUAAUCAGUUAUAUGAAAAAGGAAUUAAAAAUUAAAACGGCUUUUGGGAAUGAUUUGUCUCUAGUCACAAUGACUUCGAUUUUCAAAGCGAGCUAUCAAGUCUAUGCGCUACUGAAGUCAACUCAAACUUAA